GCCAGAUCGGGUACGUCAUUGCGAUGUCAUUUCGAUAGCAGGAUAUAAAAAUGCAGAUCAGUGUCCAGCAAAGACGAUAAGCACAAUUCCACCUACUUAUUUGUUUUUGUCUAACUCCAGAAAAUAAAGCAACUAAACAUGCCCGCCCAAAAAGUCCUCAUAAUCCUGAGCGACGCCGACUCCUUCCCGCUCAAGAAAACCAGCGGCCAAGAAGCCGGCCAGGUCGUCGACCAACCCUCCGGCUUCUUCCUCAUGGAACUGGCCAAACCACUCCAGAAACUGCUCGACGCCGGAUAUGAAGUCACCUUCGCGUCGCCCAAGGGCCAAGAGCCCACGCCGGACCCCAACAGUGAAUCGCUGCUCGCUUUCGCGGGCAACUUCUACGAACGCCGGCGCGAGAACGAGUUGAUUGAUCGCAUGAAGCGCGAGAACGGGUUCAGCCGUCCGCGGACUUUUAGCUCCAUUAGCGAUGCGGAGUUGGAUUCAUUCGCGGGCGUGUUCAUCCCCGGUGGACACGCGCCGCUGAGAGAUCUGGGCGCGGAUCAACAUCUCGGUCGCAUCUUGCGAUUUUUCCAUGCCAAGAGUCGGCCCACGGCUGCUAUUUGUCAUGGGCCGUUUGCGUUCUUGAGUACUAAACUUGCUGGAGAGGGUAACUUUGUGUAUAAAGGUUAUCGGAUCACCUGCUGGAGUGACGCCGAGGAGAAGAUGAUGGAGACCAUGAUGGGUGGGGAGAUUGAGAAGGUGGAAUCCGAUCUUCGGAAUGAAGGCGCCAUUAUGGUCGAGGGCGUGAAGGAGAAGAUUGGCAGCGUUACGGUGGAUCGCGAGCUGGUUACGGGCGCGAAUCCUACGGCUGCGAACACUUUAGGAGACCAGUUUCUGCAAAUGUUGAGUGUGCAUUGAGUCGAGUGGCGGUAAUGGUAGUGAGAAAUGUAUAAUAGUAUGAUGGAAUGAAUUACGCUGAUCUUUAUGCUAUCUAA